AAGUGUGGAAACAAAGUGAAAAUAAGAGAGCAAGAAAAGGGAGUGCCACAGCAGAAAUCAUCUCAGUUUCAUUUCAGUUUACCAGCUUAUUUGGAGUGUUUAGCAGCUAUGUCUGUACCAGCUAUGGAUUCGUUUAAGACUGUCCUGAAGUUCCUCACCAAUCAGAAGACCACUAUUGGCUACAGCUUCAUGGCUAUUUUGACAAUAGGUAGUGAACGAAUUUUCUCUAUGGUUUCUUUUCAGUGUCCGUGCAACCGUAGCCAGAAUUUCGCCUAUGGAUUAACUUUUCUGCUCGGCCCUGCUGUUGUCCUGCUGACGAUUGGCCUCUUUGUUAGUUCACGUCUUUGGCGGUUAUACACGGGGUGUUGUCUCAACCCUUUCAAACUCUGUCCCAGGGGUAACUGUAUGGGAUGCUUGCAGGUAUUUGUAAAAGUGCUGUCCGGAGCCUGUAUUGCCCCUGUCAUGUGGCUUAGUGUAGCACUGUUAAAUGGAACUUUUUAUGAGUGUGCUGUUAGUGGCCUGAAUGAAAAUGCGGUGGUGCGAAUUUUCUGCAAAAACAAAACACAGACAUGCCAGGACGAACUGCCGCGCGUGCCCUGCAGCAAGUCCCAGCUGUCUACGAAGGACAAUAUGGAACUGCUGUUGAUGUUGCGAGCCCAGUCACAGAUCCUCGGUUGGUCCAUCAUUAUCAUAUCAGCAUCAGUAGCACUAAUUGGGACUUGCUUUAAGAACUGUCGCUCUAAAGUAAGCUACCUUCAGUUAACUUUCCAGAAGAUCUACAUGGAGAAAGAACAGGAAAAGUUUGAGGUGUUUGCAGAAGACUACGCCACCAAACUGGCAGAGAGAAACCUCAAGAGUUUCUUUGACAACAAAAUUCCCGAUGCAUUUCCCUUCCCAAAUCACAAGGCCUGGGAGGAGAUCUCUACUGUAUACACUUUUAAGCAAAGCGAACAGUACUACAGCACACUGCAGAGAUACGUUGAGCGCGCUGAUCGGGACUACAGCCCUGAGAAGCGUCCUGUUCUAGAGGGGGCAGAUGGCAUAGAGAUGGCAUAGAAGUACAAAGCUGCAUGGACUGGUACCUCAACACAAUUAUAGCCCAGAAUAUGACCUUGAAGACCUAAAACCACUGUGAAUUAAAAAUGAGUUUUAAAAAAAUGUGGUAGCUACAACCUUUCUUGAAAGUGUUGUAAUGAUAGUUUUUGGAAAUUUUGAUUUGUGCAUUGAGGAAAUGGUCAGUACAGUACAGUUUUAUACUUUUAUAUCUGUAAACCAACACAGAUCUCCGGCCCUAAAGAGAUGUUGACAUUUGAGUGACACUCAAUAACAACAUCCAAUUUGCAUACUGCUUGAAUGUUGCAUUUCAGGUUUUACAAAGUGAAAAAAGCAAACACCACGUAUUCUCAGGGCAUUUGUCAUUCAGGCCAUGUGCACUCUUGAAAUUAGUAGCUCUUUUAUGCCUCACUACAUUUUAAAAUAUUUUUCACCAUAUCCUUAUAAAACAGGCAAUGCAUUUGAUACAAUAUUAUGCAUGUUAAUCUCAAAAGACUAUGGUAUAUAUAGUAUUGAUAAGUAACUGUCCAGCAGAAUAUUGAUUCAGAUCUACAAUAUGUAUGCCAACUUUUAAAAUGUAGAACAUGUAAACCACAAUUCUUAUUUCCUCUGCUGGGUUUAAGCAGAAGAUCUGACAAACAGGAAACCCACAUUCGGGUCUAGCACCUAUUUCUUCAAUAGUUUAUACCCACAUAUCAGCUCUGAAUAGGGCCCUGUGAUCAAAAUGAGUUUCUCUUAGCACAGCUUUUCAAAAAAGCAUAAACAAUGACUAAUUACUAAAAUGUCAAAAAUAUUACAAAUGGCAAGUUGGAGGUUUGCUGCAUGUCUGUGGUAAGCGUUUCCUGCAUUGUUGUGAAACAGACGUACAUAUGCACAGGUUAACAGUCAGUGGAAAAAACUUAACCACAGUAUUGAUAUAUACUAAAAACUGUUAUUCAAUGUAAGGCUGUUUCAGGUUAAAGUUGAGUGUUCAAAAAUAUUGCUUAGAAAUGUAGCCUAAUAAGUAAUGACAUUAAAAUUAAGUCAGAGCCACAGCCUUGCCCUUGUGUACAAAGCUAUGAGAUAGAGGCUGACUUGAGUUUGAGUUUUGACUCAAGGUCCUUUCCUUCAAAAGCAAAAGCAAUGGGAAAAAAUCUAUAAAUAAACUGUAAGUUGUACAGUGGUACUAACAAAAGAUGUUACAGGUCAAUUGCAGUACAUGGAACUAUAAAUGACAGCUCAUGUUAAUAGGAGAACUACAAUGACAAACACACAGUCCAUCUGCCUCAUUUGAUUUAAAAGUAACAGACAAAUAAACAAAAUGUUUAUGCAUGUACAUACAAAUGUAAUGAAUGUACAACCUGUUAAACUGUUUUUAUGUUGUUUUUUGAAGCUGUUUCCUUGAUCUAUGUAUUUAUACAAUUUUUUUUUUGUAUGACUGUACAAAUACUACGAAUGUACUUUGACAAAGAUACAGAUGUUUCACCCUCAUCUAACUGCUAAAAAAAGGCAGUCCAGACCAUUUGUUCAGCUGGUAAAUUACUAAUUAAAAUAUAUUUCUGGUUAACAUUAUCCACCUUAUUUUUGCAGUGAAAGUGGGAGCGGCCGUUUGAAAAUUUAAUGUUUCUGGCUUCCGGUCUCAUCCAUGUGUAGCUAUCUGUAUAGCUGAUAUUGCAAAUUGGUGUGCCUUACCAUAUUAUUUUAAUGUAUUAUCUUAAUUAUGAACACAAUGGUUUGUAAUGCAAACCUUUUUACCUUUUACGGCACUUCAGUAUUCUUCUUGUUAUUUCUCUAUGAACAGGAAAUCUAACACAUUACCAGAAAACAGCUUACUUCCGCAUUGAAAAGUAAGGUGGAUAAGGUGUGUUCUAAUCUUAGCCACUUUAAUUCUUUACCAUGGCAGUUUAUAUACUUAUAACAAUAACAAGCCAGUGCAAGUAGGUACUACCCAAGCUAAAGUGUAUCCAGAAACUAAAAUGUCUUAGAAUUUAAGCUUGUCCAAACUGGUCUGAACUGUUUCAGCAGGCUUGACAGGGUAGAACUGUACACAAAACCAUAUCCAGAAUAAGGAAAGGCUUUCAUUCAUACUUGCCUGUACAAUCAAUAGAUGUAUAAACAA